ACACAAUGUUGCCCAGGUGCACUUUCAUCACACCUGUACAGGUAAAGACACAAUGUUACCCAGGUGCACUUUCAUCACACCUGUACAGGUAAAGACACAAUGUUACCCAGGUGCACUUUCAUCACAGAAACGUACAGGUAAAGACACAAUGUUACCCAGCUGCACUUUCAUCACACCUGUACAGGUAAAGACACAAUGUUACCCAGGUGCACUUUCAUCACACCUGUACAGGUAAAGACACAAUGUUACCCAGGUGCAUUUCAUCACAGAAACGUACAGGUAAACACAAUGUUACCCAGGUGCACUUUCAUCACAGAAACGCACAGGUAAAGACACAAUGUUGCCCAGGUGCACUUUCAACACAGAACGGUACAGGAAGUGUCCCACCUUGAGGGGAUGGCGAUGGGCGGGGCUAGGCAGGUCCUUCCUGGCAACCGGCAGCCGGACUACCAUCAGGAAGCCGUGAUAACACACAGUGCUAAUAAUAUGGAAUCCAGUUAUAACCAUAAUAAUGAAACAGAAGAAGACUUCCCGAAGUUUACCACCAAAGAGCUGAGAGAUCACUUUGAGAGGACCAUCGAGGAGGCUGGGCCCAGCAAGCAGAUGAAGAUUGGACGUGACAUCAAUAGAUCAAAGUGGUCCUCACAUGUGACUCAGAAGACCCUUGAGGUCCAUCAGGUAUCAGCCAGGGACGCCCUCCAGCCAGACCCCCCCGACUCUGGCGCUGCCUUUGUCGGUUACGAGGAGGACUUCCCACCGCCACCACCGCCUCCUGAGGACUUUGACUUUCUGCCCCCCCCACCUCCUGACUUACUCCAGGAUCCAGUGGAUAUCCCAGGCUGCUGUUCCCCCCCGCCGCCACCGGGCUUGGCCUCCCCACAGCCCCUCAACAGAGAGGCCUACUGCCAGCAGAGGAACAUGAACGAGCUGAAACGCCUGUACAAACACAUCCAUCCGGAAGUGCGUAGGCAUAUUGAGAGAGAGUACUUCAGCGAUAGUGAGAUCCAGACCAACCGGUUGGAGAGCCAGGAGCACAUGUAUGAGCAGGAGAUCAGUGGAAGUCCAGAAGAAGAUGUUGAGUGGGAUGAGGUGGUCCAGGGGGAGGUGCAGUCCAGGCGUUGGAUGUUUGAGAAUAAACCACUGGACACCAUCAGAGAUGAGACUCUGGAUGAAGACGAGGACACCAGGAGAGUCCAGCAAGAAAGGAUCGUGGGGAAGGACGUGAGACGCACAGCGUGGAUGUUUGAGAGCCGGCCAAUGGACGCUCUGGGUUCUGACCACACUGACCACUCAGCGUUGAGGAAUAAAUGCAGUAAGUUAGACACAGGCGAUGUCCGUGCAGCGGCGUGGUUGUUUGAAACUCAACAAAUGGAAAGUCUCAAUAAAAUGCAUAGAGAGGAAGAUCUUACCAAAGAGAUUGUGUUCACGGAAGAAGAUGGGAAUGCAACUAUUGCCAUGAUUGACAACAAGUACAUGGAAACUUUAGGUCACACCGAGACCAUCGAUGAACGCCAUUUGCUGAGUCUCAGGACAGUUUUGGAGGAAAUCAACGGAGAAGUGAAAACAGUCACAAGUACCUUCGACACUCAGUUCAAAUGUGUCAUUAUGGGACAAUCCAGACAGAUGCUGGAAAUCAAAUCUGUCCGUAAAGUCGAAACAGAAUUGGAGCAUUCCGUGGCUUCACGUUGGCUGUUUGACACACAGCUGCUGGAUCAUGCGGAUCAGGGUAUUACUCAGAUGAAGCUGGUGUGCAGCCUUUCCAUGGAAGACAGCAGUAAAGCAGAUUGGGGGAGGUGGUUGUUUGAAAUCAAGACCAUAAAUUCUCUUGAGGAAUGGGAAAGCUCACAUUUGCAGAAGGAAGAAAUCGUUGGAGCUGAUGUGCGUAAACAUUGCAUGGCUUUCGAGACACAGCCUAUGGAUUCUCUUAAAGAUGAUUCAAAUGCUAGACCUCAGACUGUUGAGGACGUUAUUGGGGGCAAUGUUAGAUCAGCAAGAAACUUUUUUGAGAGCAGCCCUAAAAUUGAUAGAAAGAAUUACACAGAGGUAGGAAAACUCAGAAAAAUAACUGAGGACGAACUAGAAAAGGGAGAAGUCAGGCACCAAAAGUGGCGAUUCGAAAGUCAACCACUGGAGCUCAUAAGAGAGGACAACAAGGAGGUCAUCAGGACGGUUAACAUCGAUGAAGACCUCACACGGGAGGAUGGAAGCAGUUGCAAAGCAGAUGUGCGUAAAAACUGCUGGGUGUUUGAGACGCAGCCUAUGGAUACCUUGAAAGAUGACGCCAAUUCUAGACUUUUGUCGAAAGAGGAAAUCAUUUCAGGGGAUGUGCUAUCUGCAAGAAAUUACUUUGAAACGAUGCCAGCUGAUUAUUUAAAGGAUCUUGCAGAAGUAGGGAAGUUGAAGAAAAGAAAAGCACUGGAGGAAGAGCGAGGGGAUGUGACGCACCAGAAGUGGCGCUUUGAAAGCCAACCGUUGGAGAACAUCAGGGAGGAGAAGAGAGAAGUGAUCCGCACCAUUGACCUCCAGGAGAUCGAUAAAGUGGACGUGUCAAACUAUAAGGAAAUAUUUGAGACCACAGAUUUAAGCAGCAAGGAUGACUCUCAGAAGAUUCACAUCGAGGGUGUAACCUCUGGUUCUGUGAAAUCGAACACUCAUUUGUUUGAGUCAACCCAACUGUAUGCAAUGCGAGACAGCUCAGGACAAUACCACGAGGUGAGAACUGUUCGGAGGGAAGAAGUGGUCAAAGGAGAUGUCACAACUUGCAAAUGGAUGUUUGAGACACGUCCUAUUGACCAGUUUGAUGAAAGUACAAGCAAAUACCAAGUUAUCAAGGGAAUAUCAAAAGAGCAAGUGGAAUCGGGUGAUGUUAAAACUGCCAAAUGGUUGUUUGAAACACAACCUCUGGAUGGUAUUAAAUACUUCAGCAAUAUUGAAGAAGAAGAAACUGUUGAUACAAGCAAACGUAUUGAAAUCGUCAAAGGUGAUGUCAAAAACUGCAAGUGGCUUUUUGAAACUAAACCAAUUGACAACCUGUAUGACAGAGUUGACUUCAAAAGUGAUGGUGACUGUUUUGAAGUAAAAAAGGGAGACGUCAAAACCUGUACCUGGCUUUUUGAGACACAAGCCCUCGAUGCUAUCCAUGAUGAGGAGCAAAAAGUUCUCAAAACAUGUACGGCCACUGAGGAAGAUGUUAGGGGUAAGGAUGUAAAAAUGGUUCGUGUCCUCUUUGAAACUGAAAAUCUUGAGAAGCUCACAGGGAAAGAUGGCUGCUCCUUUAAGCAAGUCACUGAAGUAGACAUUGAGUCUGGAGAUGUUUCAAGAAAGAAGUACAUUUUUGAAAAUCAAACGCAGGACAUCAUGACAUCUACGACGGAGGAAACAAUGCAGAAGCUUAAAACCCUUCAGUCAGAAGAUAUACAAAAGGGAAACGUGGUGAACUGCAAAUGGCUGUUUGAAAACCACUCCGUAGAUAAAGAAGAGGUCAUAGGUAACCACAUUGUGGAUGAUGUGCAAGGUGGGAGUGUUGACAAAGGCCGUUUUAUUUUUGAAACCUGUUCUUUAGAUAAAAUUCAGGAAGCAUCCUCUGAUAAGGAGAUGCAGAAAAUCAUUCGAGAAGAUGAAGAGAGAGGUGACGUGAGAAACUACACAACAAUGUUUGAAACUCAGCCUCUGUACGCCAUUCAGGACAAAGAUGGCCAUUACCAUGAGGUGACCACCGUGACCAGUGAGGAGGUCAUGCGGGGGGAUGUGGUAGGAUCCCGAUGGCUGUUUGAAACCAAGCCCCUGGACUCUAUCAAAGACACAGAAGAGGUCUACAUCAUCAAGUCUGUCACACAGGAGGAUGCACACAAAGGAGAUGUGACUUCAGCAAGGUGGAAGUUUGAAACCCAGCCUCUUGAUGGGAUUGUUGCGGAAAAGGUUUUAAUAAAAACUGUGGACGAUAUCCAAGGAGGUGACGUGAGAAUGAACAAGCAUCAUUUUGAGUCAGAUGCUCUGUCCCAGAGUUCAGUUAAAACCGUUAAUGUCAGUGAGAUACAAAAAGGUGAUGUAAGCACAGCAAAAUGGAGAUUUGAAACACAAUCGAUUGAUAAGAUAAAAAGUAUGAGUGCAGAAAAUCUGCUUGAAACCAUUCAAAAGGAAGAGACUGCAAGGGGCGACGUCAAACAAUCUGUCUGGUUAUUUGAGAAGAACCCCCUUGACCACAUUAAAGAGAUUGAUGAGGGUGUCAAGACCAUCACUCAAGAAGAAAUUCCAAAAGCGGACGUGAAGUCAACCACUUGGCUCUUUGAAACGACACCCUUUAACAACUUUAAUGAAACAAAUGUAGAAAAGACGGAAAUCCUGGGUAAGAGCAUUAAAAGGACCCUUGAGGAGCUAUACUGUGAACAUAUGGUAAGCUCAAAGGGAGUGAUCAUCGAAGCUGAUGAAAUAGGCGAUGUCAGAAUGGCAAAAUACCAGCUCAUGAACAAGAACACCCCAGAGAUUCAAAGGCAGCAGGUCAUCAAGGGAGAUCUGGAAAGUAUUAUGAUGAAGCUAUUGAAUAGACAGGAAACAAAUGACAGGCAGAUAACAAUAGACUCUGAGGAGAAGGGCAACAUCAGUUCAACAGUGCAUCAAUUGUUGAAUCAAGCGAGUGAAAGCAGUGUUGAAAAAGAGCAAAUAUUGAAGGGGGACAUCCAGGAGGCUGUAAGAAAUCUUUUUAAAGAUGAUGGCUCUAGCAAACAUGGAAUGCUCAUCCAAGAGGAUGAAAAGGGAGAUGUGAGAAUGACAAUCUAUUCCCUGUUGAAUAAGGAAGACAACGUACCCCUUGAAAAGGAGGGGGUGAUCAGAGGAGACAUAAAGAAUGCUCUCGAGAAACUAUCGAACCAUAACAGUAAAGAUCAGAAUGUUGUAAUUAAAGUUGAUGAAACAGAGAGAGGAAAUGUGCGCUUCUACUCAACCUGCAUUGAAUCCGGAGCAGUUGACCAUCUCAAGCAACUCCACUUAGAGGCAGAUGAGUGUGGAGCGAAGACGGUGGAAAAAGAACCGAUUAUUGGAGGAGACAUCAAGAGCAUGAAAAUAACCCUCUGCCAAAAUCAGGCAGAAAUCGGGCGUACUGUUGAAGAUAUCGUUCCUGGCGAUGUUCACAACACAGUAAAAGCAUUCAUGUCAGAGCCAAGCAUUUUACUGGAAGGUGUCCAAAAAGAGGAGAUUGUCAAAGGUGACUUGAAAGCGGCUCUGAGCUCGCUCUCUGAUUCUGUUAACCAGAGUGUAGUGAUAGAGAAAGAAGAGGUGGUGAAAGGCAACAUACCAAAGGCUCUGCGCUGCCUGGAGAGAGCUCAACAACGCUACAAAGAGGUUGAGAGGCCACAUAUUAUUCCGGGCAAUAUCAAAGGUGCUCUGAAAUCUCUUGAGGAAUCAGCAACUUGCAAAACUGAAGCUCUCGUUGAAGAUUUAGUUUGUGGAGAUGUUAAAGCGACGCUGAAGUCUUUGGAGCAGGCCAAGCAAGCAGUAAGGGACGUUGAGAAGGUAGAGAUUAUAAAGGGUGACAUUCACAUGACGAUGCAGUGUCUACAGGAUGCUUCAAAUGAGAGGUGGACAAGUCUACAGGAAAUUGAUGUGCAGGGCGACGUAAGAGGCACUAUCCAGCAUUUUCUGGAGACCCCGUCCUCUCCAAGAAUGCAAAGGAGGGCAAGCCUUGAAGGGGAUGUCAAGCUGUCAAUCAAAUCCCUGUCCGAGGAUCAUGAGAAAAGCCAGUUAGAGAAAGAGGAGGUGAUUAAGGGGGAUGUUAAAGGAACCAUCAAGUCCUUGCUGGAGACCGCACAUCGGGAAACUCCCAAGGUUCACAGAAAGGUAAGAGUGAAACACAGCCCUCCCAUUAAAAACCUGAACGUUGAGAGGAAUCUAAAGGAAAUAAAUACUGCACAACAAGUUGCAUCACAAGAAAGUUGUACAACCUCUACUGAAGCCAAAGUUGAAACAACACACUUUUGUUCUAUGCACAAGUCCUCUCAGCAAUCCACUGUGGUAGAACACAAAACGAUUACCCAAAACCAUGGCAUUAAAACCUUGAAGACUGAGUUCCGUAAUUUAAACAAAAAACAUAAAGGCCCAGCAAAGCCGUCUAAGAGCAAAGCAGGAAAGAGUGAUGUUCACGACGCAAAGCCGGGUCUGCCGGGGCCCGAGUUACCGCUACCUCCACCCCCUCCACCCGUUGCAGAAAGUGAUCUGCCUCCUCCGCCCUCGCCUCCUCGUUCACCAUCAGGGGAUCAUGAGCUUGAUCAGCUGCCUCCUCCCCCUCCACCCAUCAUUUAUGAUCAGGAUCUCCUUCCACCUCCGCCUUCUCAGCAGGAGCUGGAUAACAUGCCGUUGCAGGUAAAGCAUCCCUCUCUGGCUAAAGCAAAGAAAAUGAAAAAAGUGAAAGCCCCGAUCUUAUGCCCGGUGCCGAAGUUGGACCCUAAAGUAGAUAUAAGUAAGACCCUUCAUGUAACACGAAAGACAACUACAACCACCAACAACCAAUCUAUGGUGGAAGGAAGCCAGACGGAGUCAAAGCACUCGACCGAACAUGUGCUUUGUGAAAUCCCUCUUCCCACUCAAUCAACAGGACCAUUGGAGAAGGUCUGCAUCCCGGUGAGAUUUACACCUCCACCUUCUCCUCCGCCUUCUAUGAGAGGCAAGAUGUCGAAGUUUGACACUCCCUUAAUUAAAGCAGAAGAAAAGUUCAGAAUAUCAAAGGAGGACAGAACCCCUCCCACUACUCCAACACCGACCUACGUACAUGAGAGUGUCACAUCUGCCCUUGAAAUGCUUUCAAGCCAAGAUUACAUCUCAGACGGUACUAAGGACAUCUCAGACCAUGCUGAGGAAAUGGCUGAAAAGACUGUGGCAACAAUUCAAUCGGACUCCAUUGUCGCAGUAACAGACAGCAAGGUUUGCUCUGUCAAGCAGAACUUUUCAAAUGUGACUACUGUUAGACAACAAACACUUUCAACAUCUACUGAGCUUGUUAUUUCGGGUUUCUCACAAUCCACCAAGUCCAUGACAACUAAUCACAUCCAGAUAUCAAAUGCAGAUGUUAAGAAGAUUGAAAUGAAAGGUUCAGGAACGAUGGUUGAGAAAGAUGAUGGUGACCUGCAAGACAGCAAAUUGAGCAAGUCCAAGGAAUCAGAGAGAAAGAAGAAAAAAGAUAAGCAAUCAAAAAUACCUGAUAAAGACAAAUCUACUAUGGCAGUCAAAACAUCUCAGUCAAACACUGAGAAACACAAUGAGUCUCUUGCCCAAGAAGAAAUAUCUGAUCCUCCAGUUAAAACAGCAAAGACUGGCAAUGGAAAAACAGGGAAGUUAUCCCAAAAGGCAAAGAAGAACAAUAAGCAAGAAAAACCGACAAAAGAAACCAAGAAUGCUAAUGAGAACGAGAAGACAAGCGGUGCACAAAUGAAUGAUAUGAAGGCCAAAGUAAAAGAACCUGCAAAGCUGAUGGAAUCGGUGGAAGAACCUGCGGAGGAGAAGGAACCUGUGAAGGAACCUGGGAAGAAACUGGAAGAGGUAAAGGAACCUGUGAAGAAACCUGUGAAGAAACCUGUGAAGAAACCUGUGAAGAAAUCGGCCGAAGUGAAGGAACCGGCCGAGGUGAAGGAACCGGCCGAGGUGAAGGAACCGGCCGAGGUGAAGGAACCGGUCGAGGUGAAGUUGAAGGAACCGGCCGAGGUGAAGGAACCGGCUGAGGUGAAGGAACAGGCUGAGAUGAAGGUGAAGGAACCGGCCGAGGUGAAGGAACCGGCCGAGGUGAAGGAACCGGCCGAGGUGAAGGAACCGGCCGAGGUGAAGGUGAAGGAACCGGCCGAGGUGAAGGUGAAGGAACCGGCCGAGGUGAAGGUGAAGGAACCGGCCGAGGUGAAGUUGAAGGAACCGGCCGAGGUGAAGGUGAAGGAACCGGCCGAGGUGAAGGUGAAGGAACCGGCCGAGGUGAAGUUGAAGGAACCGGCCGAGGUGAAGGUGAAGGAACCGGCCGAGGUGAAGGUGAAGGAACCGGCCGAGGUGAAGAUGAAGGAACCGGCCGAGGUGAAGGAACCGAAGGUGAAGAAGGUGAAGGCCGCUGUUAAUGAGGACGUUCUGCAAGCCGCUUCUUCUCCUUCUGCUACGGGGGCGGCGACAGCUGUCGUUGCCACGGCUACAGCUGUCACUGCCAAGGUUACCAUCAAUGCCCUUGAAAACCAACCAGCAAGUUCGUCUGGAACGAAGAAGAAAAGGAAGGCAAAAAAGUCAAAAGCUGCAGCACAUUCGGGUCAGAGUAAAGAAACAGAAUCAAGUGUAAGCCAAGAAACCAUAACAGUGACCAGUAUGUGUAAAGAUUUGAGUGGAGGAGGACAUAUACCGGUCCACAAGGAAGCUGUUAUCACAGAAAGUCUGGUGGAGCAGAUUGUGUGCCAGGAAACGGUUCAGGUUGAAGAACAGGUAAAGACCCUUUUCUCAACAUCUAAUCAGCAGGAAGCUAAAGAAAGCCGGGAUGUACCUAUCAUAGUGACAAGUGAUUCAGAACACAAGUCUCUUUUUCAGUGCACAACAGAGACUACAAAUGAUUCCCAAAGGCAAAAGGUGCAGUCAAUAAUCUCAGAGAUAGCCGAGAUACAAUCUGUAUCUGGAAAACAUAAUAUAAAAUCUGUGAAAACUCUGCUCAAUACAAUUCCAAUGUGGAUCCUGACUGAAGAGGAGAAAUGUGAUUUGGAAUUAUCUGCAAUUCAAAAUAAUGCAAAUGAAAUUGUAUUAUAUUUGCAGAAACAAUUGGAAGCUAAACUUUUAUUUCUCGAUGGCAAUAAACCUGUUGAAAAACAUGAAUGUGAUUCUAGCAGUGAAAGAGAAUCCCCUACUCGAGCGACACAGAGAAUAUCAAAAAUCAGUAUCGGCUCGACCAGAGUGGAGUCCAGCACCAAACAAAAUAAAGAGAGUAGAGGACAGGAAGCCGGUCAGGGAAGGGUUCCAUCCCCCUCACUGAGGACACGCCCACCUUCGCCGACAUUCAUCACCAUUGAAUCCACACGAAGAACAGACUCACCACAAAGGGUCACGCCAUCGCCCACCCUGCUGCACAGACCGGCGACACCGCCCACUCCCCCACCCCGGAGGUCAGACACCCCCACCUCGCGUAUCAACAGAAUAACGCCAUCUCCUACUUUUGACCGAGUUGAAAGCUUGGCUCGGCUGAAGGACACAACAGCCAAGCUGUCACGUGUCGUGACGCCACCUCCAUUUCUGAAGCAGGUGACGGGGAAGAAAGCUGAGAUUGUGGAUUCUCCUGCAUCAUUUCACCACCAAAUCAAGAUGGAGUCUGAAACUGUGGUGGUCUCAGAGACGUUGGUUAAGAAAUCUAAGAGUGAAAAGAAGUUAGGAAAGGACCAGGAACUACAAGUGCCGGUUGAUGGCCUACCAAUUGUUAAUCCUGUGAACAUAAGCAAGAACAUCAAUACCGCUGCAAAGAACUUCAGUCAGCCUGGAUCCAGUCUAAAGAUGGAUUCUUCAAUCCAGGACGUUGAGGAUUCCGCACCGACGUCAGAGCAAGUGGUUUUAACUGUAAAAGACAAGAAAGAGGCUCAGAAAGCUGAAAUAAAUAAGACGGAUUUGAGGAGGAAGCGGACUGAUAUUCCAGAAGGCUUGGGGCUGGAGGAAGAGGCCUCUGAUACAGGCCAUGAGGAGAAGGAGAUGGAUGAGCAUCCCAGGGUGGAUUUGUCAGGUCUGGUCAACCGAUUCGAGAUGGCAGAAGAAAGAGUCUAUACCAUUAAAGAUCUGAUCGCACGGUCGGAACACCACCACAACGAGACCGAGGUCACAGAAUCCAACACAGCAGCAAGCAUCGACCUUCUAGAACAGGAACUGCCUGAGUUCGACAUCCAGGUGAUUAAAAAUCUAUUCAAACUGGACGAACAAAGUUCCUUGCACAAAGCGGAGAAAAGCCAUCAUGAGAUAGAGGUUUUGCAGGCAGACAGACCCAGGUCUAAGAACCAGCAGCGGUCCAGGGAGGAUUCUCGACAGAACACCCCUGUUCCUUUACACGUGGAAAGUGUUGAACAUUCAGAGUCAUCUGAACAAGCAGACUUCUCUGAAACCAGGAUCACCACAGAGCACUCCAAUGUUGACCUCUUUGGCAACAAGGCGGUGGGAACCAAGACCAUGAAGACGGUCUCUGAAUCCUCUGGGAGGGUAUCUGACACGAAGGCUCCUUUCUCUUACGCCGACAUGGUCAAGCGGAAGGCGGCGAAGCAAACCGAGACCGAUGACGAGUCUUCCACAGAGGAACUGCUGAGGAACUUCCACAAGACAUGGACAGAAAGCGAGACAGUCUUCAAGAGUCUGGGCUACAGUGUCACUGAGGAGAAAUCAUCACAAAUUGUGACACAAGUGACAAAGUCUUCACAAGCUGAUUCGCGUUCUGAAGUCAGAGCUAUGCACAGUAUGUCGGAGGAGAGUGUACCCUAUGGACGCGGUGAUAAUGGACAGAAAGAAGUACCAUAAAACCUGCUUCUGCUGUCAACACUGCUCCAGUCCAUUAACCCUUGGCAACUCUAUCUCUCACCAUGGACAUCUGUACUGCCUGGCCCAUUAUAAACAGCUCCUCAAGUCCAAGGGGAACCUGGACAGGCUGGCAGCGCCUGCUGUCCCCUACCCCCCCCAGGCUGACUGGAGGCAUUCAGUUAGCAGCCUGGAUUCAGCACAGUUAUUGGAUGACAUCAAACCAAAUGCAAGUAAGAUGUCUGUGGUUUGGCCCCCACAAGCGGGUCCCACAAUCAAAGGCUUCAAAAUGGAGGAAGACAUUCAGCUCACCAGACCCCAAUGGCCCCCCCCAGAUCACGCCCCCAAAUCCCUCCCUCAACAGCACAGGAAAGCUGUCCCCAGGAGCGUCAUCUGAGAGUGCCGAGAUCUAAACCAAUAAAUAGAAACCAUGACAGUCAGCACAGUGAGGUGAGGGAGCUGUUGUGAUGGUAAAAGUAGAGAAAUGAAGGAACGUGGAAGGAGAUGGUUAGAUGUACAAUGUGUGAUAUGGGAAAGGUCUGUGUGGGGUCAGUGCUGCAGGGUUAGAGAGCACAAUAAGAGUAAUGCAAAUGUAUGCGACGAUAACAAUAAUACAAUAUAACGCUGCAAUUAACACACAGCGACUUCCUUGUUAUGUACAUUACAACUUGUUUCCACCUGUCAGUAUGUAAUAUAAUGUUGCAGUUCAGAUCAACAGCGUAUUGUAUCAGAAUAUCUAGUACUGCUUGCAGCCUGUUUAGGGAAACACUUGAGUCAAACCCUACACUGAAUUGAUAGCUAAACAUAAACUCAGAAAAGACACAGUUUUCUAUGUUAAGUUAGUUUUUCAUUACUGAUAUUUUUUUAUUAAAUCAUCAGCUUACCACAGCAGAUGGAGAAGUGAAAAUAGGCAAUACUCAACGUUGAUAACACCAAGAAACCCAUUUUAACAGGCUCAACUCAAAGUUUGAAACACAGGAUGUUGAUCCAUCCAUCCAUUUCCUUCUUUGGAGGCAUAGUUCAACAAGGUAUCAGGGAUUCAUAUUUCUUAGAGCAAAUAAAUUAGUGUUCAUGAAGUUGUUUAUUUGACCCAUAAUUCUAAAUGAAGAACAGUGAUUAGACAAUUAAACCCUGCGAUUUUGUUGAAUCUUCUUGCCAUCCAAGACCGAGGACAUGCCCUUUGAUUUAACCAUAUUUAAGCCCUUCUUAUUGUAAAAAGAAAAACUUUGGGACAGAUUUUAAUCCUAUCUCUUGUUUGUUUUAUUUUAUUGUGAUUAGAUUUUUCUCUGACAUUUUUACAUUAGCUUUUUUCUGGCACCUGGUGUGCAAGUAAAAAUUAUCUUGGAAAUAUUGUAUUUAUAAUAUAUAACGUAUAUAUUGCUCCCAGUAAAUUAUUAAAAGUAAUAAUAAAAAUGUAUGUUUUGGACAUUUCUAUCCUAUUUUAAGCAAUAAACAUUUUUGACUUCAA